UCCUCCUCCACGCCGCCGCGCCGAUGCGUCAGGUAUGCUACCUGGUCCCCUUCUCCCACCUCCGCCGCCGGAGCUUGUAGUGUAUCCCUCUGUGCCGAGCCUGCCGCCUUCAGCCACGCCGUCGUCGCCGUCCAUAGGCUCCAGCAUUGCCAUUGUCGUCCUCGUCGUCAUCAGCACGGCCGUCGUGACCAUUGCAAUUGUGGUCUUUCGACGCAGUUACCACCGCCGUCGCCGCCUGUCCUUCUCAUCAUUCUCCCCCCGCUGUAGCUUGUCCCCGAGGGCCUCGUCGUCGUCUUCAUCAUCAACGAUGUCUCAGAUGUGGCGCGCGGCAGUUGCGGCUGUUGGUUCGUCGCCGAGGGCCAGUGCUUCCAGCGUCAGAGCCUGGCCGGAGAUGGCCGUGGCCUCUUCAGCUCCAGGCGAUGCCGGCAAAGCCCCUGCUAUGGCAUUGACUAACUCUGCACAAGGGGCAGUGCAGGGAGCGGCUGGAUUGAUGACACCCUCGGCUACCCCAGCUGCUGCCAUGGUGCCGCCGAUGCUGGUGCCAUCUGCUCCGUCUCUGCCGGAGGUCGAGCAGGUGAUCAUGGACCUGAUCUCACUGCAACCUUCACCGUCGAAGACAAUGAUGAACAACAGCACGGCGGCCUGCUUCUUCUGCAAACAAGUGCUUCUCCCUACUGAGGUGCUCCUCACCCUCCCGGUUUGCUCCCACAUGUUCCAUCAGCGCUGCAUCGUCGGCUGGCUCCGCAGCCGUGUCGUCAUGCCGCUGCUACGCUGCCCACUGUGCCAUGAUUCCAUGAGCAUCCGCUGCAGUAACCCUGCUCCAACCUUCUGCCUGGAUGAGUACGACAUCGAGUCGCAGACGCUGGUGGCGCCUGCGCCGCCUGGCGAGGAGGUGGCGGAGGCAGUGGGGGGUUCUCGUGGGUGGCUCCGCUCCUCGCUAGACAGGCUCUCCGAUAGCUGGAGGGCGUGCUCCGGCAGCCGCGCCACCGCAGCGGUGGCGCCGGGGUCGAGGUCGUCCUCCUCGCGCCGCACCACCGGAAGCUGGAGCCUGGGCUCGAGCGGCCACCUCGGUGCUGACGUCUCGCAUGGCGUUCUUCUUCAGACACAGGUGAAGCUGCCACUGCCAGUCCUGCCUGCUGAUGAAGAGGUGGCAGCCGAUGCUGGGGGCUCUCGCGGGUGGCUCCGCUCUUCUUUGGCCACACUCUCUGGGAGAUGCACCGUCUUCCCCACCAGCUGUUCCGCUGCAAUGGAAUUGCCAGUGUCGUCCUACUCCUCACGGCGCACAACUACUGGGAGCUUGGAACUGAGCUCCAGGGGCGACGGUGGCACUGGCUCGUGGUCCAGGUGGGAUCCUGAGGCGGCUGUGUCGGAGCCACAGGAGAGACCAUCAGUCCUCGGCUAUGCCAGAUGGUUGUUCAGAAACUCAGGAUGAACGAUCGUCUUCAUGUCUCAAAAAAUGAAAGGAAAUAAGAAGAGAUGAAGUGUACAUAGGAGCUAGUACAAAAUAUAGCAUAAAAGUAACAGUUGAGAAGUUGAGAGAUGGAUGCCCAGGGCUUCUUUCUGUAUAGUGUCUGAUGUUGAUCUUUCGAAUCGUCUGCUGCACUUGGCUAUUUCUUCAAUCCAAGCUGAACAGCUCUGCAAGACAACACGAAAAACCAGAGGUAUAUAGGUUUGCUGCUAAGAACUUUAGCAUGUUUCAGUUCCUGAAAGAGUUUGCCCGCUGCAGGCAGUACAUAGUAAAUUGAGCGAUAGGUUUGGAGAAAAUUCUUUGGUUUGUCAAUUACUUUGACGAAAAACAUAUAUAGGUAUGUUUUGUUUUUACUGUAAUACAUGUUGAUCCAAACAAGC